AUGAAUUAUCAAAAAGUUUAUGGUAUAACUGGUCCUGUGUCAACAGCAGGUCCUACAGCGGCGGAGAAUAAGUUGAAUGAUGAAUUGAUCCAGGAGUUAAAGAAGGAAGGUUCUUUCGAAAGUGAACAAGAGACUGCUAAUAGGAUUAAGGUUUUGAAAAUUUUACAAGAGUUGGCACAAGAAUUUGUGUAUCGAGUUUCCAAGAAGAAGAACAUGUCAGAUGGUAUGGCAAGAGAUGCUGGUGGUAAAAUUUUUACAUUUGGUUCCUAUAGAUUAGGUGUGCAUGGUCCAGGCAGUGAUAUUGAUACUCUUGUGGUAGUGCCUAAACAUGUGAUGAGGGAGGAUUUCUUUACGGUUCUCGACGAAAUACUAAGAUCUAGACCUGAGUUAGAAGAAAUUGCACCGGUCCCCGAUGCAUUUGUUCCCAUUAUCAAGAUUAAAUUUAGUGGCAUAUCGAUUGAUUUAAUUUGUGCUAAAUUGGAUUUGGCGCAAAUCCCACAAUCAUUGACUUUAAGUGAUAAGAAUUUAUUGAGAAAUUUAGAUGAAAAAGAUUUAAGAGCAUUAAAUGGUACUAGAGUGACCGAUGAAAUUUUAGAAUUAGUUCCCAAACCUAUUGUAUUUAGAAUUGCACUAAGAGCCAUCAAACUUUGGGCUAACAGAAGAGCCAUCUAUGCAAAUGUCUUCGGGUUUCCAGGUGGUGUUGCAUGGGCUAUGUUGGUGGCUCGUAUUUGUCAACUUUAUCCAAAUGCAACGAGUGCUGUUAUUUUAAACAGGUUUUUCAAAAUAUUGUCAGAAUGGAAAUGGCCACAACCUGUGGUUUUAAAGCCAAUAGAAGAUGGACCUUUACAAGUCCGUGUAUGGAAUCCAAAGAUUUAUGCACAGGAUAGAUCUCAUAGAAUGCCUGUGAUUACCCCUGCAUAUCCAUCAAUGUGUGCGACUCAUAAUAUAACGGAAUCAACAAAAAGAGUCAUUUUACAAGAAUUGGAGAAUGGAAUUUCAAUAACCAACGAUAUUUUUUCCAACAAAAAGACUUGGAGUGAUCUUUUCACUAAGCAUAAUUUUUUUUACAAAUAUAAAUUUUAUUUGACGGUUAUGGCAUCGACAAGAGGUACUGAUGAAGAAAAUUUAAAAUGGAGUGGUAUGGUAGAGAGUAAAGUAAGACUUUUAGUGCUUAAAUUAGAAGCAUUGCCCGGGAUUAAAUUAGCCCAUCCAUUCAUAAAGCCCUUUGAAGCUGCGUUCGCAUAUUCUAAUGAAACGGAAAGUAAGGAAAUCUUAGAUAAUUAUGGAUCGUUCAAGACUGAAGAACAAUUAAGCAAAUAUAAACGUAUUACUGAAGAAAAUAGCCAAGAUACAAAAGAUGAGAAAAAAUGUUACAUCACAACCAUGUACAUUGGGUUAGAUGUGAAUGUAGAAGAGAAGAAGGAAAAAAUUGAUAUCCACGUUCCCUGUAAUGAAUUUUUCAAUCUGUGCCGUAAUUUUAACGAAGAGUAUCAAAACUCUGAUAUCUAUUCAUUGAUUAUCAAAUACGUCAAACAAUACGAUUUACCAAGCGAAGUUUACGAACCUGGAGAGACUAGACCAGUUAAAAAGAAGAGUAAACGCAGGAAACAGGAUAAAUCUGCAGAAUUCACAAAAAAAGCCAAAAGCGAAGCACCUUCAGGCACAAGUCAGGGUUCUUCAAUUGCUGAGGCUACACAAGCAUAA